AUGCAAAAGCUGGAUCUAGGCCACAAGGAGGGCCAUUGGGUCCUUCUCCAGAACAUCCAUUUGAUGCCAAGAUGGACAGUGGAGCUUGAGAAAAAGCUAGAUUCGUUUUCUGCGGAAGGACCACACCCUAACUUCCGCUGUUUUCUUUCAUCUGAAUUGUGCGACUAUAUUCCCGUCGGAAUCCUUGACCGGUCAAUUAAAUUGACUAAUGAGCCCCCCCAAGGCCUCCAAGCCAACCUGAAGCGUGCCUUUGCUUGCUUCCCCAAGGACGAUUUUGAUGAAAAAGACCAAAAGGUCAAAGCAAUCAUAUUUGGCCUUUGUUUCUUCCAUGCUGUCUUGCUUGAGCGCAAGAGGUUUGGCACCCGAGGCUGGAAUUUGAAUUAUCCGUUCUCGAUGGGCGAUCUGAGAGACUCCGCCAUGGUGUUAAUGAACUACAUGGAGCAGCAACAAGGGGGCACCAGGGUUCCUUGGGAUGAUCUCAAAUACAUCUUCGGCGAGAUUAUGUACGGCGGCCACAUCAUUGACCCUAGGGACCGCCUCGAUAGACUUCUAGACGAAACUGAGCUAUUUCCGUUCUGUGAAGAGCACGAAGGGGCCUCCUACAAGACGCCGCCUGCACAGAGCUACGAAAGGUACAUGGAAUGUGUAGCAUCUAUGCCACCGGAAACGCCGUUGGCUUACGGGCUGCAUCCGAACACUGAAAUAGGCUAUCGUACCCAGCAAUGUGAAGACCUUUUCAAGACCCUCAUGGAAUCAGAGGGAACCAGCAGCGGUGCCACAGCAAACAAAGGUGGCGUGGAACUAGAAGGUGAAGCGCUCUGUAAGGAACUACUGGACGAGGUCGGUGACGCCCGAUUUGAUGUGGAAGAAAUCAGCCAAGCUAUCCCAGACGAAGAAAAAGGUCCCUACCAGCACGUAUUCCUGCAGGAAUGCCAAUACAUGAAUGUCCUCCUUAGGGAAAUAGCAAGAUCUCUUACUGAAAUUGAAAUGGGCUUCAAAGGAGAACUGACAUUCUCGGCGGCCAUGGAAGAACUCGUGGAGGAUAUCCGCAUGAGCAGAGUGCCGGGCAUAUGGAUGAAGGUUUCUUUUGCAUCAUGCCGGCCUUUAGGUUCGUGGUUUGCAGAUGUGAAACUUCGAUAUGAGCACUUGCUGGAAUGGACAAAGGACCCUACCAGCACUCCAAAGGUCGUGAACUUGGCCCGGCUAUUUAGCCCGCAGUCAUUUCUCACUGCCAUCAAAGAAGUUUGCUCACAGCAGCACCACCUAGAGCUCAAUAAGCUUAAUGUGCUCACUACUGUCACAAAGAAAGACGUGGCAUCCAUAGACGCACCGGCGCGUGAAGGUCAGCUUUGUGCCGCAGAUGCGUCCCUAGAGAUGAAACGCGAAGACGACAGCACGUACAUCUGCCCCGUCUAUCUAACAGAGCAGCGUGGGCCAACAUUUGUCUUCAACGCCCAACUCAGAACAAAGCAACUGCCGGCUAAAUGGACCCUUGGGGGCGUUGCAAUGAUCUUGGAUGUUGGCGGAGCCGCAUAG